GGCUUGGGGAGGAACAUGAGGACUAAUGAUUUUGAAACAGCUCCGCAUUUGAGAGCCUCUGUCAUCCUAGACGGCAUAUAUCGAUGUUGGCAAUCGUAUCAACGGGUUACGCAGUGUUCUGGUUCGAUGGGCUCUGGAGAUCACAGACGCAGCCUAGUGGAGAUCCUGAGGCAGGGCUAUGAGGGGCCGGAGGAGGAGUCCAGGGCCCUAGUGGAACUGGAGAAGAGCCUAGCGGCCGCCCAAUGAGGAUGGCUGCACGCCCCCACACUGGCAGUGAGAUGCCCCUGGAGGAGCUGCUGGCGUUGUAUGGCUACGAGGUGUCUGACCCCCUCCUACAGCAGGACAGGGAGCCCAAUGAGCUGUCAGCCAGUCUGCCUGACAUGACACUGGACAAGGACCAGAUAGCUAAGGAUCUGUUCUCAGGAGAAGAUGAAGAGGAGUCAUCAGCUGAUGACCUCACUCCCUCUGUCACCUCCCAUGCCUCCGACCUCCUCCGCCGCCACCUAAGAGCCCAUUCCCUGGCAAGUGGAGACAAAGGCACCUUAGUCAGCACCUCAGAAGAAGAUUCAGACAAUGAUGACGACACCUCCAUUCCCUCCAACGAUGGACGCAAGGACAUCAUGGUGGGCUCAAUGUACCAAGCCAAAAUCCCUACUCUCAGCCUAUACUCAGACCAGGAGAGAGUCUAUGAGAAUGAGGACCAGCUCCUGUGGACCCCAGACAUGCUGUCAGGCCAGGCUGUAGAGGAGUUCUUACUGAGUGCCCAGAGAUGGGGAGGCCAGGAGGGCACUAAAGACACCCUUAUCACUGGGGACAUAAUCAAAGACAAUGAUCAGGUUCUGUAUGAGCUGGUGAAAUGCAGCUUCAAUGCAGAGGAGGCACUGAGAAGACUGCGCUUUAAUGUGAAAGUYUUCAGCGAGGAGCUGUGUGCCUGGAGCGAGGAGGAGUGUCGAAACUUUGAACAUGGCUAUCGAGUUCAUGGGAAGAACUUCCACCUCAUUCAGGCCAAUAAGGUACGCACACGGUCGGUGGGGGAGUGUGUGGAGUAUUACUACAUGUGGAAGAAGUCGGACCGCCAUGAGUACUUUACCCAGCAGACCACCAAGCUGGGUCGCAAGAAGUACAGUCUGCAGUCAGGGAACAUGGAGGAUGGUGAGCAGGAUGGAGAGCAGGAUGGAGAGGUUGGGGAGAUGGAGGGGUGCUCCCAGAUUGAGCCCCACUCACCCCCACCAGUCAUGGACCUGGACAAGCAAGAUGCUGAAUUGCGGAUGGAGGUUUUGGAGCUGUGUGGUGCUCCUUGUCCCAGCCCAAGCCCACAGAGGGAGCAGCUGUUCAGCCACUUAUCUCCACUCCCCUCUCUGAAGGACCUGCAGCAGGAGCCCUCUCUGAACUGUCCUAGCCCGGUCCGCUGUCCCACCUCUCCCCCUGCCCAGCUCCACCCCUCCCCCCGGCCCAGCGGCAGCCCCACAUCCUCCCCAGCAGAGCCUCAUCUCCUGGGUUCUGGCUUCUACCAGCUGCAACUGGGGCCCUUCCUUCCAGACGGCCUGUCCAUGGGGCCAGAGGGUGGGGCCUCUCAGAGGCUGCAGCUGGGGCCCUUCCUUCCAGACGGCCUGUCCAUGGGGCCAGAGSGUGGMGCCUCUCAGAGGCUGCAGGUGGACUUCUCCCUGCCCUCCGUCCCCCAGCCCCCACCCUUGUCUGCCAUUGKCCCAUCCUCCUCCAUCACRUCUGACUUUGGGGCCAUCAGCAGUUACCUGUGUCCCUCGGCCCUGUGCCCCCCUCCRGUCCAGCACUCCCGCUCUCUCACCCAGUGAGGGGAGAAAGAAGGGUGUCUUUACCCUGGAGAACAUUCCAAUAAUGCCUGGGUAGUUUGUACUUCUAAGUACUGCCAGUUGAAGCUAACUUGGACCAGAGCUCACCCAUGUGAUGGUGUGAAGCUCCCCAGGAGAGAAACUGUAUUUUUGCGCGGGAGAUAGGCCUACCUGUAUCAGAGUGUUUACUAGGGGACUCCCAUUGCUCACAAGCACAAUGGCUUACCUACCUGUCUAUUCUGGAAGAGCAGGAGUUCUACAGAGACGUUCCCAGUUCUUAGACAAUUCUUAGAUAUAAUGUUGGGACUGGAAAAGCUGGUGGGCURGUUGAUGGCUCCAAGGCCAAAACAGUUAGCCUGAUGUUUGUUGCAGUGGCCUCGUUCAGAGCAGAACUAGAGACUGUGAUUUAACCUCCCUCACUGAUUUCCCAUCGUUUACUGGGAACAGUGAGCAGCAGACAGGCAUGACCUGGAAUCCUUGAUGCUGUACUAUAGCAGAUGUCCACAAGAGAUGUUCUCCCUCUCUAUCAGUUCUGAUAAGGCUGUUUUUAGAAGCAGGGUUCAGUCUGCACUUGUAUGACUUAUCACCACUCUGACUGUGGAUCUCUUAGGUAGGAUCUGCCUCCCUGGUUCACUGUGAGAGAUUCCACAUCUACAACUGAAACUGAAGGUUUUGUAUACAGUACGUUUAAGAGGAAAGAUCUGUAUAGGAAUACCAUGAAACUAUGCUUUUGAGAUUGUCACAAUGUUUUUAUUUUGUUGUUAUUUGUUCCCAGUUGUUCAGGUAUUCAUUGGCAGGUUUGCAAUAAGGAACCUGAGUUUGUGAUGGGAGUCCUUGUGUUCUCUCUUUCCAGUUUAUGUUGACGUUUAAAGGUCUUGUACAGUACCAAACUCCCACAAUUGCCUGACAACCACGGUAGGCACAUUAGCCUGUGUUUUGCGCAUUAUUGUACAUGCUACUGUAGGUAAGUCACUGAAUACACAGGUACUGUAGCCUCUGGCUUCUUCCCUGUA